AUCAAGAAGGUAAUAAUGAUUGAGUCACCAUCUGUCAUCAAACAAGGUCUUCUGCAGAACAGGGGUGAACAGUGUCUCAAAAUCUUGAAGAAAAAUAGUGAAUAGCAACAGCUUUGCAUGUCCCUUAAGGUCUGAUGCGUCUGAUGUUUACAAAAUAACGCGAAAUAAAGGAAAGGGCCAAAGACCAGAGUUGUAGAAUUUUGUCAGACUACGUUGGCUGUCUAAAAACAUCGACGUGUCAUCAAAACAAACCAAUCAAUCGAUUCUUCAGAGCAAUGAUCGAAAUAACAGCCAAACUAAUACGCGAUCAGAGCGCUGUCUUCCUCUGUGGCGAGAUUGUUGAAUGUUUGAUAAUGUUUACCAAUCCCUCGCUACCAGAACAUAAAUUUUCACAGUGUAACAGCGACAUCCUAGAAAACUUGGCUUGGGCCACAGUACAAAUACACUGCUACUGCAACUCGACCAUCCAGGAUCGCGUUGGAGCGGGAACUGAGGCGACAAGUUCAAUCAAUAAAAAUGUUAGUGGAUCGACAUCGUUAAAUGCCAGUAAUCAGCUAAAAGGAGAGGUCCUCAAAUCUUCCGAUCCGAAAAUUCUUUUCUGUGACCUGCGGUUGUCCCCAGGCGAAUCAAGACAAUUUAUGUUUCGUGAAACUCUUCCGAUGAAUACUCCACCGACUUAUCGUGGCGUGAUGGUGAAAUACUACUACAAAAUAACGGUGGCCACUCAGCGCGUUGGUUCAACAGUACAAGCAUUAUACAUUCCUAUUCGAGUGCUACCUUUGCCGCCAAUCAACUGUAGUGAUGAAACAAUCACGCUAAACGAUGAAUCCAAUGAAGAUCUGGCACCUAAUAAUCCGUUCCUGGAAAAGAAGCGAGCACCCUCUAAAAUAGAAUAUGCGCUACAUUAUCUGCAGAAUAUUACUGCUCGCAGACGACCCAAUUUUUAUUUGAUCUCUAACAAGCGGGGUAAGGUGGGAAGGUUUUGCUUGUUCAAGCCGAUAUACAAACUAGGAGAGGACAUCGUUGGCACUUUGGACUUCAGUUGCGGUACUGUUAAAUGCGUACAGCUAUCUGUCACGAUGCAGUGCGAAGAAAUAGUUAAGAAAGGUCAAGAAUCUGCAGUUAAUAAUCAAGAUAAAGUUGGUGACACUUUGACAUCCGUUGGUCGUAUAACAAACUACACCAAACAUCAUGAGGUAUGUAUCGGACUGUUACAAACCCAAAUGAUUCUUCCAAUUCCUCUUUACGUUACUCCUACUUUUGAGACCGAUUUGGUCGAUGUAAGGUGGCGCUUACAUUUCCAAUUCGUGACAAGUACUAGCGAGGAAUUGAAUAUGGAGAUAAACAAGGAAACCCUCGAGUGGCACGCGCCAACUGAUAUUUCAAUCGAAACCAUGAUAUGGAAUUUGCCAGUUACCCUUUAUCCAACAUCUCCGGUGCAGAUUCCCCAGACAAGCGGAACAUAUACACUUAAUAUUAAGUGAAAAGGAUCGAUACACAUACAGGCUAAUGUUUAGUUU